AUGGAGCAGCUAACUAGUUGGAGAAAACGGGUAUAUAAACGGGCUGUCAGGACGGUUGGAGAUGAAGCCCAUCGUCGAUCUGUCUGUCUGUCUACCAAGCUGUAUCUCCCAUUGUAUCCAACGUCCAACAUUAUCAUCAUCAUCAACAUCAUCAGCAAUAACAUUUCCAAUUGCAACAACACAUUGACUAUUGUAUCACUGUCAUGGGUAGCAUCGAACCACCACGUCCUCGCUAUGAGCGAACUCCCUUUGGACGAGAAAUGCUCAAGCACUUCUCCAUCGACCCAACAUACACCGAGCUCAACAAUGACUGACAACAGGAUAGGCUCCUUUGGCACCGUGCCCACAGCCAUCUUCAACAGGGCUCAUGAGCUGCGUAGACGCUGUGAGGGCCGGCCCUGCUCGUUCUCCAGAUACGAGUUCCCUGCAUGGUUGGACAAGUCGCGCGAGGCCGUGGCCGACCUGCUCAACGCUGACCCAGACAACAUCGUACUGGUCGCCAACGGCUCCACGGCCUCCAACACCAUCAUGCGUAACUUCGUCUGGAACGAAGACGGCCUUGACGAGAUCAUUCAGGUCAGCAUCAUCUUUGCGCCGUUGGGCAAGAUGACUGGCUACGUCGGCGAGUUGAGCCAGGGGCUGGUCAGAACUCGCCAGGUCCAGCUCAACUAUCCGCUCGAGGACGACGAGGUCGUAGAGCUCUUCAGACAGGGCAUCCAAGCUUCCAGGGAAGCCGGGCGUCGUCCCCGUCUGGGUAUCUUUGACACCAUCUCGUCCACACCUGCCAUCAGGCUCCCGUUUGAGCGGCUGGUUGCUCUCUGUCGGGAAGAGGGCGUGAUGAGCUUUGUCGACGGUGCUCAUGCUGCUGGACACAUGAAGAUCGACCUGGCUGCUCUUGACCCUGACUUCUUCGUUACCUGCUGUCACAAAUGGCUAUUCAUACCCCGUGGUUGUGCUGCAUUAUACGUUGCUGCUCGCAACCAGUGGAUGGUUCGCAGCACUCUGCCCCUGAGCCACGGCUUCAUCCCCACUGCAGAUAUCGAGCAGGGCAAAGUCGACGGCAAGCUGGCUCAGGCCCUGGCUAGCGGAAAGACUCCCUUUGUGUACAACUUUGAAUUCGUCGCUCCCAUGGACAACUUCGGCUACCUUUGCAUUCCCGAGUCGAUCCGCUGGCGCCAGGAAGUAUGCGGCGGUGAAAAGGCCAUCCAGACAUAUUGCGUCAACCUGGCCCGGGCAGCCGGUGCACUCAUGGCCAGCAUACUGGGCACAAAAGUGCUGGAUAACAAGUCCCAGAGCGUGUCGGCCUGCUGUAUGACAAACGUUCUCUUGCCCCUGAAGCUAGAUGCUGGCAAUGGUGAUGAAAACCCGCUCCCGGAGGGCUGGUAUGCCGUCAGGAGCAAGCCAGGCGUGCAGUUCCGUGUCAGCGACUGGAUCAUGCGCAAGAUGGCCACCGAGUACGAGACACUCAUGCCUGUCUUCUUCUUCCAGGGCUCCUGGUGGGCUCGCGGAAGCGCCCAGAUCUACCUCGAGCUGGACGACUUCGAAUGGGGUGGCAGGAUGCUCAAGGACCUCUGCGAGCGAGUUGGCGACGGCGAAUACCUCCUAUAA